AUGGGUGCUGGAAGGAAGACUGAAACUUUCUAUGCUGCAACACCAAGUGCACAGACACAAAAUCGAAGCAAUGAAUGGUAUGGAGCCUUUUCUGUUGCUGCCCGUAAUCUUCGGGAAGAUGAGCUAGGAGGAGUGAUUUUUGGCUGCAAACACAACACCAUGAAUGAAUGCCUCUCAAAACAGCUGUUUGGUUUGCCUUCAAGCCAUUUCUCAUAUGUGAAGAAUGUUAAACCUGGCAUGCCCCUAUUUCUGUUCAAUUAUAGUGACCGAAAAAUGCAUGGAAUUUAUGAGGCUGCAUGUGCUGGCAAGCUUAACAUUGAUCAAUUUGCUUGGAGUGAUGGUGGUAGAAUAAUGACACAAUUUCCUGCACAGGUCCUCAUCUCCAUGAAAACUCACUGCUUUCCAGUUCCAGAGUCUCAAUUCCAAAGUGUGAUCCGUGGCAAUUAUUACAGACCUCGUCACUUCUUCUUUGAGCUAGACCAUGAACAAACAAGAGCUUUGAUAUCUUUGUUUAAGCCUGCCCCUGUUCAUGAUGUUCCAAACAAAUGGGAUCCUUCCAGAUCUAUGCAAUCCCCAACAGUCGAAGCGUAUGUUAAUCCUGGUCAUGUGAAGCCUGAGUCCUAUAUAAAGGAUCUCAAUCCAUUUGAUGUUUCUUCUGAAUCUCAUUGUAUUGACCCUUACAAGUUGGUUGAUCCAGAUGGUGAAUAUGCUAGUGCGAGUAGAACAUCAACAAGCCACCUUGACGAUGAGUCUUCUAACUGGGAUGAUUUAGAUGAUGUUGCGACCAAGGAAGGAACUGAAUUUGUCAAUGAUGACCAUCCACAUAUUAAUCCACAACAUAAUGAACAGUAUGUCACAGUGGCUGUUAGGCAGAAACUACAAGAGAUGUCUGUUUUACGACAGCAGGAGGCUCAAUCCUCCAAGGACACUGUUGAUUCUGCUUCAAAUAAACCAAUGCCUCAAGAACCACAGUUUGAUGCCACACUCCCCACAGACCCAUCUGAUUCCACCUCAAAGGGUGAUGUACGUAUUGAAGACCUGAAAUCAUUAGGGCAAUCUCGUGGAAAUGCUGAGCUGCUUCACAUCGUCAAAGAGCUAUCCAAGAGGAACCAAGCAAUGGAGAAAAAACUGUUUGAGUCAGAUAAAGAAAUACUGUUUCUGAGGGAAUCGAUGAAGGACACAGGAAGGAGAAUUCAGGAACUGGAAUACCAGUAUGAGAAACUACAAUCAAACUAUAACUCUUUGGUCCCACUCCUUGGUAGUCCACAUGAUAAUAUGGAAGGACCAUCAAUAUUCCUAAUAGGUGGCUACAGGGGCAGUACUUGCCUGUCAUCGCUAGAUUCCUUUUGCCCUAAGACAGACAGAGUAGUGCCUCUGUGUUCAAUGAGGUCAGCCCGUGCAUAUGCAGCAGUAGCUGCAUUGAAGGAUCAUCUCUAUAUUUUUGGUGGUGGGGAUGGCAGUUCAUGGUAUCACACAGUGGAAUGCUACAGUAUGGGCAGUAAUAAAUGGAUAACAUGCCCCCGCUUGAAACAUGCAAAAGGAAGCCUUGCUGGAACUACAUUGAAUGAUAAAAUAUUUGCUAUUGGUGGUGGAGAUGGGUCUGCAGUUUUCUCAGAAGUUGAGAUGUUUGAUCCAGCACUUGGGAGGUGGAUAGACAGUGUGUCAAUGCGGCAAAAGAGAUUUGCUCCUGCUGCAGCCGUAUUAAGUGGUACACUCUAUGUAACUGGUGGUUAUGAUGGCAACACGUACUUACAAUCAGCAGAAAGAUAUGACCCAAGGGAAGGUUUCUGGGCUCUGCUUCCAAGUAUGAGUGCAAGAAGAGGAUCCCACUCCGUAGCUGUCAUGAGGGAAUCCUUAUUCGCUGUGGGAGGGUAUGAUGGAAACAGCAAGAUUUCCACUGUAGAAAUCUUUGAUCCGCGUGCCAAUUCAUGGAGGAUAGACAGUUCAUCCAGCAUCGCAAGAGGAUACGGAUGUGCGGUGACAAAGGAUGAUAAUCUGUACCUCAUUGGUGGGGUCAAUGAUGCUGGAGAAACUAUCGAGACUGUUGAAGUUUACAAUGAGAGGCAAGGCUGGUCGAUCUCUGGCUGCAGAUCCAUAGGGAGGAGGGCCUUUGCCUGCGCUAUCACCGUUUGA